AUGGAUGCCAUUGGGUGGAAGAAGAAAAGGCUUUGCUUGCCGGAAAAAAUGGUGGUUAACAGGUGGAAGAGGAGGGCAGAUGCAUCCACGGACUGGAGAGAAAUUACAAGUCCAGAUGGAAGAAAGUAUUACUACAACAGGGUCACCAGGCAAUCAAAGUGGACAAUCCCUGAUGAACUUAAGUUAGCUCGGGAACAAGUGAAAAUGGAACCUUUCAAGGGAACACUAGAAGUUAAGGAUGUAAAUUCUCAUGCUCCAUCUUCUUCCAUUUCCCUCUUUGGGGUUAACAAAUUGUCCCCCAAUGUAGAUACCUCACCUUCUUCAUCUCAUGGAGUCGUUUCAAGCCCAAUUCCAGUGGCACCAGUUGUUUCAGUUGUUAGCCCACAACCUAUGGUGACAUCUGGAUCAGUGGCUUCCCCAGUAGAACCUUCUAGUGUGACUGCAAAUGCAAUUGGAGCGCAGACACCUCUAGAGAUUGCACCACCAACUGCUGCUUCUUCAGGAAACACUGAAAUUUCUGUCACUUCGAUCAACAAUGUUUUAACACUAAUGAGUCCUUCUGACAACGUUUCAGUUAGUGAUGUUGUAACUGCGGUUGAUGGAGUUGUUGUCGGGAAUAUGGAGGAAACCAAGACAGGUGUGGGGAUUGCUGGGAAGACCAAUAUUUCUGCAUCUGAAGAGAAAACAGUUGAUCAGGAAUCCUUAGUUUAUGAGAAUAAACAGGAUGCAAAAAAUGCAUUUAAAUCACUUCUAGAGAGUGCAAAUGUUGGCUCUGACUGGACUUGGGAUCAGGCCAUGAGAGCAAUAAUUAAUGACCGAAGGUAUGGUGCUCUUAGAUCGCUUGGAGAGCGGAAACAAGCUUUUAAUGAGUUCUUGGGACAAAAGAAAAAACAAGAAGCAGAAGAGAGGCGUGCUAAACAUAAAAAAGCGCGGGAAGAUUUUAAGAAGAUGUUAGAAGAGUCCAAAGAGCUGGCACCAUCCACAAGAUGGAGCAAAGUAAGAGCUAUAUUUGAAGAUGAUGAACGUUUCAUAGCUGUUGAACGAGCUAAAGACCGUGAGGACCUUUUUGAAGACUAUAUGGGGGAACUUGACAAAAAGGAACGGGCAAAGGCAUUGGAGGAGCACAAGCGAAAAAAAACUGAAUACAUCGAAUUUUUGAAAUCUUGUGACUUCAUUAAGGCAAGCAGCCAGUGGCGAAAAGUUCAAGACCACUUGGAGGCCGAUGAAAGAUGCUUCUGCCUUGAAAAAGUUGACCGAUUGGAAAUUUUCCAGGAAUAUGUACGUGAUUUAGAGAAGGAAGAGGAGGAGCAUAGGAAAUUACGGAUGGAGGAAUUGAGAAAAGCGGAGCGGAAAAAUCGUGAUGAGUUCCGUAAAUUGAUGGAAGGGCAUGUUGCUGCUGGCACACUUACAGCCAAAACCCACUGGCGUGAUUAUUGCAUGAAGGUUCAAGAUUUACCUGCAUAUCUGGCAGUCUCAUCAAACACUUCAGGUUCAACAGCAAAAGAUCUGUUCGAAGAUGUCCUGGAGGAGCUAGUAAAGCAGUAUAUUGAGGACAAGGAUUGCAUAAAAGAUGCAGUGAAGUCGAGAAAGAUUAACCUGUCGUCAACUUGGACACUUGAAGACUUCAAGGAUGCUAUUUUAGAGGACAGUAGCUCACCUCACGUUUCAAAUAUCAACUUAAAGAUUGUAUUCGAUGAGUUACACGAAAGAGUGAGGGAGAAGGAGGAGAAGGAGGCUAAGAAGCGUAAACGCCGUGCAGAUGACUUCUAUGAACGUUUAUGUACCUCUAAGGAAAUAACAGCGUCUUCGACAUGGGAGAACUGCAAAGCAUUCUUUGAAGAUAGACAGGAGAGCUGGUUUGUUGCAGAAGAGAACUUCUUUAGGGAGAUUUUUGAGAAAUAUAUAGCAGGACUGAAAGAGAAAGCAAAAGAGGAGCGAAAGCGGAGGGAGGAUAAGUUGGGUGGAGGCUAUAGUUGGCUGCUGGAAGGGACAGUGAGUAGGAAAAAGAUUAAGAAACUCUGGAAUACAGCCCCUCGUUGCUUGCUGUGGUUGGCCAAAAAGGAUAAAGAUGGAAAAGAUAGAGAGAGAAAGAGGACGAAGCACAGAAGGGAUAAAGAGAGAGGAUUUGAGAGUAAGAAAGGGAAAGACAAAGCAACAAACGAAGGAACAGACAGUGAGAUUACUGAUAGAACAGAAUCCCACCGUUCGGAAGAGAACAAAAGGUCAGGAAGAGACAAGGAUAAGAAACAUCGAAAGCGUCCGAGUUCCUCAGAUGAUUUAAAUUUUGAUGACCAUGAGAAAGAUCGGUCCAAGAGUUCCAACAGACAUAGCAGUGACCGCAAAAAAUCAAAGCAGAUGAAGGCCUUACUGUUAUAUGUGGAGCAGCAUGUAUCCUCUGCUGAAGCAGAUGUUGAAAGCAAGUCCAAGAGACACAAGCGAGAUUACCGGAGUGGUUCUCAUAAGAAUGGUGAUUAUGAGGAGCAUGAAGACAGAGAAUUUGCUGAGGAUGGGGAAGUUUGGUAGUGAUUUUUCAUUCUAAUAUAUUCCCCUUUGUUCAAUAACGGCUUGAUAUGUUUUAUUUUUUACAUGUUAUUUAUAUGAUUGCAUAGUUUAUUAGAUUGACAAUACAUAUAUAUAUCUAUCAUGCCUUUUUUUUUGGUAACUGAUCAACA